AUGCACGCCGGGAAGUACGAGAAGGAAUACCCCGCAAAAACCCCUUUACGUGCCGCAAGACUCAAGGAACUGAAAGCACGCCUGUCUGAGCAGCAGGCACAAUUCACCAGACCUAAUGAACAGUCGAAGGCCGCAACAAUUGCUUCAUAUCGGGCUAGUCACAUCCUUGCUAAACACAAGAAGCCAUUCAAAGACGGCGAGGCGUGGAAGGAAGGCUUUCUGGAGGCCGCGGAUAGCCUAUUUGACGGCUUUAAAAAUAAAACGGAGAUCAUGAAGGCGAUUAAAGAUGUACAAAUGUCCCGCAAUACCACUACAAAGCGAUGUGAGGUAAUGGCUGUGGACGUGGAGGAGCAGCUAAGAAAGGACAUCGAUGCAUGUGAAUGCUUCUCUCUGCAGUUUGAUGAGUCAACUGAUAUGGUGGAUGUGGCUCAGUUAUGUGUUUUCAUCAGAAUGGUUUUCGAAGACAUGAGCGCCAGGGAAGAGCUACUGACCAUGUUGCCACUAAAAGGACAAACGAGAGGCGAGGAUAUUUUCAAUGCCUUCAUGACAUUCGCCCGCGAGACAAAACUGCCGCUCUUUAAACUGAUUUCUAUAACCACUGACGGUGCCCCUGCUAUGAUAGGCCGCACAAAUGGAUUUAUAGCACUGUGCAAGCAAAGUGAGUCUUUUCCAGACAUUCUGAAUUAUCACUGUAUUAUCCACCAGCAAGCACUAAGCGGGAAGAUCGUUCAAAUGAAAGACGUGAUGGAUAUCUGCAUGAAGAUUGUGUGUUCAGUGCGCGCCAGGAGUCUUCAGAGAAGGCUUUUCCGUGCACAUCUGGAGGAAAGCGACGCUGAGCACACCGAGCUGCUGCUUCAUACAGACGUCAGGUGGUUAAGCAGAGGGAAGUUUUUAGCCAGAUUCACAGAGCUGCUGCCAGAAAUCAAGGAAUUCUUGAAGCUGUCUAAACAUGCAGAUUAUCAUGACAAGCUAAAUGACCACCAGUGGCUUUUAGAUUUAUCUUUCUUCACCGACCUCACCCACGAACUCAAUUUGUUGAAUGUAGACCUGCAGGGUAAAGAUAAAGACGUAGUCCAGAUGAUGAGUUCUGUGAACACUUUUAAAAGCAAGCUACAGCUCAUGUCACGGCGGCUGCAGCAGCGCGACCUGCACACAAACUUUCCAAAUAUGCAUGCUGAACUACAAAGUCAAGGUAAAAGGCUGACGCAACUUGAUAUUGACCGCUAUAUGGAGCAUGUUCAGAACGUCUCGUCAGAAUUUGAGCGGCGUUUUACUGACUUUGCGACCCUCGAACCUGUAGCAACCUACAUGUGUAAUCCGUUUGGUGCAAAUGUUGCUGUUGGUGACAUUGCUGACAAAGUCAAAUCACUGUUCGAUUUGGAACGCGAUGCGAUUGAAAACGAGAUUCUAAAAUUGCAAAAUGACAUUGUCAUGAAAGCCAAAUCAACAUCGGCCCCGCCUGGAAAGCACACAGCGUUCUGGGAGCUGCUGUUGGAUGAGAAAUACCCCAAUCUCCGAAGAUGUGCUUUAAACCUGACAGCUCUUUUUGGUUCCACUUAUUUGUGCGAGUGUGCGUUCUCGCACAUGAAAAUUAUAAAGUCCAAGUACCGAUCAACAAUGACUGACGACCACCUUGUAGCCUGCCUACGCCUUGCAAUCAGUACCUACACUCCUGCCUACGAAAAGCUCGCCUCCUCCUCCCAGUGCCAGGUGUCCCACUAG